AUGCCUAACGUAUCCUUCGAUAUCUUCUUUGACAAGGACUUUAUCAACAUCACAGCCACCCGAGGACAAACCGCUCCCAAGGCCAAACCCGAGUGGAAGGUCCGCACUGCUCCCAAGCUACCACCGAAGCCCGUGGUUGAGGAUCCUGCUGGGACUCCCAGGCCACCACCGAGACAGAAGUUGACCACCCUUCGUCAACCCGUACACCCCCAAAGGCCGCAACAGACACAAGAACAGGCACUUCCCAGCACCAAGAAGGCCGAGGUCGCUGGAAGUGUGAACGGCUCUGCUUCGGGCGCUGAAGAGAAGCCUAGACGAAAGCCUCCGAAGCUUGGUCCCAGAAAGUCAACCACUCCUGCCACCCCUUCAGCCAACCCGGCGUCAUAA